AUGAGCCUUGAUCCCAGUGCCUUUCCGAGGUCCAACUCCCCCGCAAGCUCCGAGAGCUCCUUGACGCGUUCUCGACUACAGGGCAGGGAAGGGUCCCUCAAGAAAGACAAACACUACCGCCGAUAUGCAUCCAGCGUCGAGAGAGCACUUUCGCUGUUCGACAACGCUCUACAAGAGUGGGCCGACUACAUCUCCUUUCUCAGUCGCUUGCUAAAGGCACUUCAAAACCAUCCUCCCGAUCAACCAGUUGUCCCUCACAAAGUACUCGUCUCGAAGCGACUGGCCCAGUGCUUGAACCCAUCACUGCCAUCGGGCGUGCACCAGAAAGCCCUUGAAGUCUACACAUACAUAUUUGGAUUGAUCAAGCUUGAGGGAUUGUCGCACGACCUUCCUCUGUAUCUGCCUGGUCUUGCGCCCACUUUGACUUUCGCUUCUCUAACCGUUCGCCCAUUAUUCCUAUCCUUGGUUGAGGGAUAUAUUGUUGACUUGGAGCCGUGGGCUAUUCGACCAGCAUUGAAAGCAAUUAUUCUAGCCCUACUUCCAGGACUAGAAGAGGAGACAAGUGAUGACUUUGAACCAACAUUACGAACUGUAAACAAGCUCCGUGAUGCCGCUGGGCGUCUUGAGACCCAAAGAACCUCUGAAGCAGGGGCGUCUGGGCAGUACUUCUGGCAAUGUUUGUUCUUAGCCUCCAUCACUAACCCUAGUCGACGACUCGGCGUCCUCGCAUAUCUGAACCGCUAUCUACCGAAGCUGGGCAUCCCAGAUCGUCGACCAAGCAGCGCUCAUGGCAUUGAGGCAAAUGACAUUCCACCCGAGAUGCUCGCCGCAGCAGAUGCCGUCAUUUUGCCAGAACCUGGGCUCUUGAUUCGUUGCGUUGCAUCGGGUUUAUCUGAUGACCAGCUGCUUGUUCAGCGCAACUUCCUCGACCUUCUCGUGACCCAUCUCCCACUCAACUCCCCCAUUCUGCAAACCAAAAUCGCAGACAGUGACUUGCGUACAUUGGUUAUUGCGGCAGUGGGUGUAGUCACUCGGCGAGACAUGAGCUUGAACCGUCGGCUUUGGGCGUGGUUCCUUGGACCGGAUGCAAACGAUCAAACCUCGGCGGACGGUCGAAAGUUCUCAACAGACACUACUCGUUCAGCCUCUAUUGAUGGCAAGGAAGCCACCCAAUCACAAUACUUUAGUCGGGUGGGUUUGCAGCCCUUGGUCACUGGCCUCUUAGACAUGAUCAAGCAUGCACCAGAUAUCCCGUCUGAGAGAACCAAGCCUUUCCGUAUAGCGUUGUCACUUAUGGAUCGUUGGGAAAUUGGCGGAUACAUCGUUCCUGCCGUAUUCUUGCCCACGAUACGCAGUGUUCAAGCAUUCGAAGGCCAAGCCCCCAAAAAUCACUUUGAAGAAGUCUUCCGCAGUGCGAGUGCCUUCUUUGAUGGCGUUGAAAGUGGCGUAAUCUUCUCUGAGAUUUUGGGAUUGGUUGAUUACCGGACUGCUGACCUAGAUACCAACCUUGAUCAGAUCUUGCGUGACUUGGAUCUCGCCCGAUUCAUCCUCGAAAACUUCAAUGUUCGUGAGGAAGAUAUGGUUCAAAUCCACGUGCCCCUGUUAGCAUUGUCGGUCCUUGUAAAGAUGAGAGAGAUUCCAGCUAAGCAGAGCACUGCCAACAAGCGAUCGGUGUCUACCGCACUAAAUACCGUUCUAAAGUCAUUGACUGGACUUUUGACUGACCGGGUGUUUUCCAAGAAGGCAAGCUCUGAAAGGAAUGCUGGCAACGACACCAAGAGCCACGGGACUGAGGUUUUGAAAACCGUCCACCUCUUCUACGAGCAAACCAAAAACACUUUGGAACUCCCUCCUCUUCCGUACCCAACGAAGCUUCUAGGUGAUAUGAUUAUUCGAGAAGCCAAUGAGCUGGCCAUUGCAGCCCUUGGGAAUCGAGAUGACACGGCUUCCCUUCAUGAGAAGCUGGAUAUUCUUGUCAGUUUGCUGAAGAAGCUUCCCAAGUCCCGCGUCCUGAGGGACAGAAAGCUUUACGAAGCAUUGUCUCAGCGAUUGGGUAGUGGGGAGGAAAAACCAACAACUACAUCUUUUGCGGUUAUCUCCACUAUUGCUUCGACUGUCACAAGCUUAUUCUUCAUCCAUACACCUGGUUUCUAUGUCAGUUAUGAAGAUGCGUGUGAUCUCAUCACUCCUCUCGUGAAUCAGCUCUGGUGUUACCUAUCACCGCUCAGUCCCAAGUUCCAUGUGGAGGCCGUCCGUUGUUUAUGGCUAUUACAUUCUAUUUCAUGGAUUGACCACCUCGUCGAGGCAUCUCUAACCUCCUUGAUGAUCAAUGUGUCAACGACUGGGUCUCGACAUUUGUCUUCUGAGGAACAUGCGGAGCGAUUCUAUGUUCUGUGGAACCAUAGCCAUCACAAUAUCCACGAACAGCUACCAAAGCAGGUGCUAGAGGUUGGAGGAACCCUAUUUUCUUACCAGUGCUCGAUGCUGGAACGUCCGCUUUUCAUUGUACUUGAUCUUCUCUCCCGGGAGUCAGGCGAUGGUUCUCAGUGUGUUCAGCUAUGGCUUCAAGAUCUACCGUCUAUAAACAGAGUUUUCCUUGUGGUGAUCUCGAAGCUUGAUGAACUUUGUGAGCGUGAUGACCAGAGCCAGUCAAAUCCAGACAACCAGUCGAUUUCCCCAGAUGACUACAAAGAGUGCGACUACCUGUUACAAACAGCUACAAAUAUCAUCGCCACGUUGUCGCAUAACGGAUGGAUCACACUUCUUACGCAUAUGCUCAGCAAUGAAAAGCGCCCAAGCACCUCCAAAUCUGAAGCAUCAGAGUCAAAGAGUCUGCACUCGGCCAUAUUUGAGACCUCUCUGCGAAUCGUUAGCACUCAAUGCAUGGACCCUACUCAAGUUAGCCUGGAGGGGGAAAGGUUACAGAAGAACGCUCUGCAACUCAUGCGGCAGCUUCUUCUUGGACCCGGAGCUGAAGACCUGGUCGAGUCCGGGAUUGACGAUUUCCUUGUCGAGCGCCUUCUGGUUUCAUCUGAAGUUGGCAGCAUCGCGGUGCAGGGCGCACUGAUCGAUGCUCUCCUUGCAGCAUUGAAGGUCCGAUUCGCACAAGCUUACUUACCGCCACCACCGCCUCGGCCAAAGCAUCUACGAGCUGGCUCUCGUGAUCGUCUCACCAGUCCUUCAAUUUUGUCUUUCACCAGUGACAAGGGAGACCGAAGACCUUCGCUACCACAGCUUCCCCAGCCGCCUGAUCGUCUCUUAGACUGUCUUCUCAAAGGAAUUAGUUCACCAAAGUCUCGAGAGAUUGUGGACAAGUGGAUUGUAUUGCUUUGCGAGGUCCUCCCUCUUUACUCUGGCUCUAUAUUCCAAAUCCUUUUGAUGCUGGUAGAAUGUUUCUGCAGGGAAAUCCGAGCGUCCUUUGGAAGGCUACAGUUAUGUUUCCAGCAGACAGAAGACUGGCCACAGGACCGCUCUGAGCAAGUCACAAUUGCUCUCCUCACUGGUCUUGAGACCUGUAUCGCAAACGCCCAUGAACGCCUCGUUGUGGAGGAAGCCAACGUUCCAGCAGUCAAGAGCCCCGACCAAGCUCAAGGCUUCUUCGGGAACAUGGUAUCGGGAGUAUUCAACUCAGAAGGAGGUCAAGGUCGCCCCAAUACCGCUAAUGAUCGCCUGACUGUUCUUCUCUGUUUCCAAGACGCCGUUCGAUUAUGUUUCUCUAUCUGGGCGUGGGGUGCAGGAGACGGAGCUGGAGCUCCUCCGGAUUCUGAAUCUAUGGCCUCAUUCCAGUAUACCUCUUUGCGGAUGCGAAAUCGCUCGCGGCGAUUCUUAGAGCACUUCUUCACAGCAGAAGCACUCGAAUGCCUUGAAACUUUAGUGGAAAUGUGGACAAAGUCCGACACGGAGACAGCGUCGUUGAUCUUCAAUCUUCUUCAUACCCUUGACGGGUCAAGUCCGAAAAUCACCAUUCCUGCCAUCUUCAAUGCAAUCUACACUCGCACGAACCCUAGCGCGUUGGACCCCAGCAGGAAGUCAUCCCUGACAUCAAGUCUUUCCGAGUCGGAGCUCGCCAGCUUCUUGGUCACUUAUGCUCGCUCAUUAGACGAUGACGUUCUUGAUGAAAUUUGGACAGACUGCACAACUUUCCUGCGUGAUGUUCUCAGCAAUCCGUUCCCGCACCGACUGAUUCUUCCGCGUUUGAUUGAAUUUGCGGCUAUCCUGGGAGUGAAAUUGGAGAAUACAACCUUUGGUGAAGACCGCCGUAUGCGAAAAGAACUCGGGGAUGUUCUACUGCGUCUCCUCACUGCAGUCUUCACGAGCAAACCCUUGGGUCUCAAUCAAGACACCGGACCUAUGGCAAGAUCAUCAGUGGAUUAUGACCGGACCUCAGUCUCCCACACUGGACCUGAUGAUAUGUUAAGCAUUCUCGCCGUCUCCAUGCCAUCGUUCAUCACGACCCUGGGUGAUUCAGAUCGCAUCAACACCGCCAUUACUGGCGUCUCAACAAACGUGGUCGGCCCUCUCAUUCGGUCACGCCUCUUCCCGAACAACCUCAACCGCAAUGUCAUGGUUCUCUUGCAGCAAAUGACAAAGGUUCCAGCUGCCGCAAAACUGUGGAAGAAGGAUAUUUCCGAUGCGUUCCAUGACCCCCGUUUCUUUGGAUUGCAGGUGGAUUUGGUCAAGAACAAUUGGAUGGAUCUGUUACGACAAUGGGUUCUCGCCGACAAGGAACGGCUAUUUGAAAUUCUUGUCCGCAUUCCUCCACCCAGUGCAGCAGGUAUCAUGUUCGGUGUAGGAGCAUCCGCAGCCCGACUGGAAGCCGAUCGCAAAGCACAGCUCAACCUGAGGCGAAUCGCGCUGCUUGUUCUAUCUGCCAAUGACGACUAUUUCGUUGGCGAGCUACCGGCAUUGCUUCAGAAGCUCGAGGAUCUUCUUGCCGCUACCAGCGCUUCAUCGCCUUCGUCUGCCACUCGAGCGGAGAUUUUCAUGCUUCUCCGUGCUCUCGCGCUUAAGACUUCUGCUUCUGCCAUGGCGCCUUUCUGGCCUUUGGUCAACACAGAGCUUCAAGGGGCUGUCUCUUCCGUACCACAAAGCCCUCAUUCCGAGCUCUAUAAUUCUUACUCGCUGCUGCAAGCCUGUAAGCUACUCGAUGUCCUGCUUGUGCUCGCGCCGGAUGACUUCCAGCUACUAGAAUGGCUCUUCGUAACCGACACUAUUGACGCGGUCUAUCCUCCCGACCGCUGGGAACCAAUUGCUUUGGCCGACGAGGUCUCUCAGAGCUUCGGCCCACGAGGCGCAGCAUCACCAAUUGUUCCUACCGACACAAACGAGCCUCAAGCUCGCAGUGGCCUCAAGCGACCAUGGCUUAUUUCAGACUGGAUUCGAGAAACCGCCAAGGACGAAAUCGUCGAGCGGGUCUUGCGACCAUUCUUUGCUCGAUUGAGUAUCUUCGUGUUUGAAAGCACGUACGGCAUGGACAACGUAGAUCUGGGAGUAUGCCGAAACGACCUCUUGGCAGAUCUCUUCAACGAGAGCACAAUGGCCAAUUAA